AUGCCAAUUUAUGAAAACCAAAUAGAUAGCCUUAACAUAGAAUACCCAGAAGCACCCCCUUUUGUAAGAUUUGUAACAAAAAUUAAUACGAAUGCAGUUAAUAGUUCUAAUGGAGUGGUGGACCCAAGAGCUGUAUCAGUGCUAGCAAAAUGGCAGAAUUCAUUUGGCAUCAAAGUUGUCCUACAAGAACUUCGGGGCCUAAUGAUGUCUAAAGAAAAUAUGAAACUCCCUCAGCCACCUGAAGGACAGUGUUACAGCAAUUAA